AUGCGCGCCCUGAAAAAUCCCGCUCUACAACGCUGGGGCGCCGUGUCGACAUUGCUGCCGCUGCUGGCGGUUUUGAGCAGAGAGAGCCCCUUGCGCCGGGUUUUCGUAGAGUUCGUGAUUUUGGCCCUGCGUGGCGCUACACCUGCGGCUGUGGCAGUUCUGAUCCGAAAUUUGUGGAUGAAUGCCAGCCCUCACCAUUUCCAUCCCCGCGUGCUGGUGAAGUAUGGGCUCAUCUCAUGGUGCUUGGCGGAAACCAUCUUCAUGAUCUACAUUUGGCAAUACACACGUUUCCUGAACGGUCAGACCACCCGUCGCUGGCGUGCGGUGAACGUCCACAACACAGCGGAGAAGCGCAGAGCCUCCAUGGAACGCUACCUUCAAGCCUUGGCACAGGUGGCCCAUGGUGGUAGUCCCAGUGAGAGCCGACCAAAGAACAACUUUGGCACCGGCUUGCAAAAGGCCGCGGCCAACCGCAUGGCCACGCCGGGGCUCAGCCGGACGCUGCGCUCCAACUCCACCGCCGCACUGAAGCGCACGGGGAGUUUCCUCCUGGGCGGCGUGGUGAAGCACGAGGAGAGUGUGGAGGACCUCUUGAAACAUAUGGAAGGCUCCAGUGGCAACCUGGAAGCUGAACUUCAAAGGCUCCGCUGGCACGAGCUGGCGACCUUCUUCCACGGCGCGGGCCGUGGGGAUGCGGACGACAUCACCUCCUGGCUGCAGCGGGACAACGUCAAGGAUUGGAUUGCCCACUACUGGUUCCGCGGCGCUACACCGGAGGAGCUCCUGGAGGAUAGUCCACAGCAAUUCCAGGAGUUACGUUCACUGGUCGAUUUGGUUCUGCAGACAGCUGGCUUACAGAACCUGUCGCAGGGCCGAAACCCAAACAUCAUCGCCUACCGGAUCUUCUCGGACCCGUUGCCGGUGGUGCAUCGUCCCCUGAUGGUCUACGCGGGCACCUCUUUGCUAUGCCCCAUGGUCUCCUACAAGGUGAUGCAAUGGUUGGGUUUCCAUCGCGAACGCGCCGGCGGCCUCUGCUACUGGAAGCGCCCCCGUCGCAGCUCCGUGUCAGGAAUCGACCUGUCGGCACCGAGGCAGGUGCCCUUAGUCUUUGUGCAUGGCUUGGGCGUUGGCCUCGUGCCUUACUUUAUGAUCAUCUAUCGCCUGUCUCAACGGCAUAGUGGUGAUUUGUUCGUGCCCGAGUUCCCGUUCUUAGCUAUGGCGCCCUGGGAGAGCGUGCCGAGUGCACGGGAGGUGGUGGCACAAUUACAGGACAUGCUGUCAGCGCACGGCCACACCUCCGCACAUUGGGCUGGCCAUUCCUUCGGCUGCGUGGUGAUUGGCUGGGUCAUGAAGAUGUCGGCAUCUUCCCUGCGCUACGCCACGUUGAUGGAGCCAGCGCAGUUUCUCAUGAUCAAAUCCGAGGCAUUGACGAAGAUCUUAUGGGGACGACCGGGGACCACCUUUGAAAUUUUGAUCCGAUACUUUGCUUUCAGAGAGCUGUUCACGGUGAACCUCUUGUGCCGGAACUUCUUUUGGGAACAGAGCUCCAUGUGGCCCGAGGACUUGAAGGUGCCAUCCAUCAUUGCUUUGGCUGGCGAUGACCACAUCGUCCAAUCCACCUUUGUCCGGCGUCUAUUGGAGCAUGAGAAAUCGGCGCGACGACUGCAACGCCGAAUGGCCUCAAAGAAGGGUCGCGGAAUGCCGACGUCAGGCUCGUCCACGGAUGUCAGAGUGGAUACCUUGAACCAAGCUUCGACCACCUCGUCCGGGCCGGAACCCAUCGAGAUCCUGUGGAACGAAGGCUUCUUCCAUGGGCAGAUUCUCUGUGACCGCCGUGCCCAGGACCAUCUGUUCCUGCGCAUGCGGUCGCUGGUUCGAGAGGAGGAUGCCCAAGGUGCCGCCCAAGGCCUGGAGGAUGAGGUCUUUCCAGAUUGUCCGCAAUCUGUAGCUUCAGGAUUGGGCUUUUCUGUGACGACUCACGAAGAAAGAUCCACCUUUCGCCAUGGGGCCAAGAAAAAGCCCAAGCCUGCGUUUAGCAAAGCCAUCGCAUUGUUGAGAAAAGAAGGCCCAGCCAUUUUGGAGCAGAGAAUCAAGGAGGCCGCCAGCGAUUACGACCGCAAGAUCCUGGAGAAGCACUUGGCGUCAGUCAAGGAACACCAAGAAAACGAGGACAUCAGCACGGAAGACGAGAAGUUGUUGGGCAUCAUCAUCCACAAGACGCAUGGGGAAGACUUGUACAUCAUUGACAAGUUUCCCAAGGAGGUGCGACCCUUCUACACCAUGCCAGACCCCACGGACGAAAAGUGGACCAAUGCCUAUGAUGUCUUCCUGAGAGGAGAGGAGAUCACUUCGGGGGCGCAGCGAAUCCACGACCCACAGAUGCUCACUGAAAAGGCCAAAGCCUGGGGCGUUCCACCCGCAUCCAUCCAGUCCUACAUUGAUGCCUUCAAGUACGGCUCCUAUCCGCAUGCCGGCGCCGGUAUUGGCAUGGAACGUGUUGUGAUGUCAGCCCGGCAUGGAAGCUGCACAUGUUGCUGGUGUUGGUAA